GCGGCGCGUAGCCUCAAGCAAGGGAGGACGGCGCAAGAUGGCGGCGCGAGGUGGAAGGCCCGGUUCUGAGGCGGCUGGGCCGGGCGGGGUGAACGUUUUCGCCAACGACGGCUCCUUUCUGGAGCUCUUCAAGCGGCGCAUGGAAGAGGCCGCUGCAGCGGGCGGGAGAAGUGGUGUGCGAGCGGAGGGGACUGGGACCGAGAAACAGAAAGAGACCGAGCCGCGGACCGAGCCGCCCGGGGAGCAGGAGCCCCCAGGGAAGAAGCGGAGCGGGAGCGCCCUUAGCUUCGUGGGCAAGCGGAGAGGGGGCAGCAAACUAGCCCUGAAGACAGGAGUGGUAGCCAAGAAACAAAAGACAGAGGAUGAGGUUUUGACAAGUAAAGGAGAUGCAUGGGCCAAAUAUAUGGCCGAAGUGAAAAAGUACAAAGCCCACCAGUGCAGUGAUGAUGAUAAAACCCGCCCUUUGGUGAAAUAACUUUCCACUCCAGCCUGGACUAUCUCUGAUGUACAUAAUUAUUUAAAACAGCGAAGGAAACUGGCUCUGCCCCACAGACUGAGUGCUGCCAAGGCAGCAGGUGACUUGCCAUACUUUUAUACCUGGGAACGUAGAGCUUCCUUCAUUGGUUCAUUUACUGUUUUCUUUUUCUUUGUUUCUGAGAACUAAGAACUUUGACUUAGUUGCAGAUUUUUUUUUUACUUGUAAUCCCCAAAUAGUGGAAUUGGUCUGUCAUGUCUUUCCUUGAAUCACCAGGCAAGAUACCUCCCCCAUAUACCCCCAAAGCACACAGCCUUUGCUUACUUAACAUUACACCUGAAGUUCCCACCAUGGGGUCAGCCAAGUGGCUCCACCUCUGCCAAGAUGAUUUCUUCCUAUUGAAGGUGAACUUAAAUGCAGUCACAGCCAGCCGAUCUGCGCUGCAGGCUGUGGUAACCCCAGAGCACUUGCAGUU